UACGAAGAAGGAAAAGAAAGGAUCCCUGAACAUCCGUAUCUCUUUGAGACUGAUGUAGAGAUCUCUUUGAUUGGUGGUAGUUGCAAAAAUCCCAUUGAAAGAUUUUGGAAUGGAAACAGUAUGAUAUAUAUUUUACAGAAAGCACAACACAAUGAAGAAAGUGACACAGUGGAAGAAUCAAAACCAGACGAUGCUAUUUAUGCCUCUGAGCUUUUACCAAAGGAGAAUUCUGGACCAGUGGCUCUUUCAGUCAGAAGAGCAAAGCAGUUGAUUUCCUUAUAUACAAUGGUACAAAAUCCAAACAUGACCCACUUGAACAUUAGUGAACUGGUUGUGCUUCCUCCCCUCUGGAUAAGAUGUGAUGGUUCUGACCCUGAACAUACUUGCUGGCUUGGAGCUGAGCCUCUCAAAGCUGGGAACAAAAUCACAGGGAUCAAUUUUUACAUGGUUACAUGUGAUGGUCCUACAGCUGAUAAAAACUGUUUUGCAAAUCUGGAAGAGCUCAAAAUGGCACAUAAAAUGAAACAUCAUUCAUCUAUUGUGACGACAAAAGGAUUUGCUCAGUAUGAACUUAUCAGAGCUACUGCGAUAGAGGACACAAUUGUAGAAUCUGAAAGCAAUAUAUAUGUUGAUAUUACGUGGAGUACUGUAGAUAAGAUUCUGGAGACACCUCCACUAAUUUCAGCUGCUACACUGAACAUUACGCUGGAGUCUGGAGACCCCAGAAGUCCUGUGUAUCAGCUAUACAGAGAGCUGCAGUUUCUCCUUGCUUUGGCAGAAGGUUUGAAGACAGGUGUGACCGAGUGGCCUGAGCCUUUAGAGUCUGAAUCAGCUGUUGAACUGGUGCAGGAAUUUCUGACUGAUUUAAAGAAGAAACUGGAUGGAUAUUGUAUAUCUGGAAACAGUAAUGAAACAGAGAAAAUCAAAUGUGACACAGCUGCAGUGGACAGUUCAAUAAAAUCAGUCUUCAGUGAACGAGGAGACCUGGAUUUUGCUGAACAAUUGUGGUGCAAAAUGAAAAGUAAGCCUGUUGUGUUUU